GGGAACAGUGGAGUUUCAUUUUGCUGUUCCUGGGGGGCCCUGCUGAGACCUGGCUGGCGAGGGUGGAAUCCAGGACCAGCCCUGAGCAGGAAGUGAAUCUGUGAAUCUCUCACCAUGCCUGCCUGCUGCUGCUGGAACGAGAUUUUCCAGUAUGAGACAAACAAAGUCACUCGGAUCCAGAGCACCAAUUAUGGCACCAUAAAGUGGAUCCUGCAUAUGGUCGUCUUAUCCUACGUUAGCUUCGCGCUGCUGAGUGACAAGCUGUACCAGCGGAAGGAGCCUCUCAUCAGCUCGGUGCACUCCAAGGUGAAGGGCAUCGCGGAGGUGGCGGAGAAGUCGGCAAGAAACAUCUUUGACACCGCCGAUUACACCUUCGGGAUGCAGGGAAACUCUUUCUUUGUGAUGACAAACUUUCUCAAGACAGAAGGCCAGGAGCAGGGGCUGUGCCCCGAGUACCCUACCCGCAAGACACGAUGCUCCUCGGACCAGGGCUGUAAAAAAGGAUGGAUGGACCCACUGAGCAAAGGAAUCCAGACGGGCAAGUGCGUCCCCUUUGACAAGGCCCAGAAGACCUGUGAAGUGUGGGCCUGGUGCCCUGUGGAGGCGGAUGAGGAAGCCCCACGGCCUGCACUUCUGAGCAGUGCUGAAAACUUCACAGUGCUCAUCAAGAACAACAUCGACUUCCCCGGCCACAACUACACCACGAGAAACAUCCUGCCAGAUCUGAACACUACCUGUACCUUCCACAAGACUCAGAAUCCACAGUGUCCCAUUUUCAGACUAGGAGACAUCUUCCGGGAAACAGGAGAGAACUUUUCAGAGGUGGCGGUUCAGGGAGGAAUCAUGGGCAUUGAGAUCUACUGGGACUGCAACCUGGACCGGUGGGCCCAUCGCUGCCGCCCCAAAUACAGCUUCCGCCGCUUGGAUGACAAGACCACCAACGAGUCCUUGAUCCCAGGUUACAACUUCAGAUUCGCCAAGUACUACAGGGAAAACAACACCGUGGAAAAGCGGACUCUCAUCAAAGUCUUUGGGAUCCGCUUUGACAUCCUGGUUUUCGGCACCGGAGGGAAAUUCGACAUCAUCCAGCUGGUGGUGUACAUCGGAUCCACCCUCUCCUACUUUGGUCUGGCCACGGUGUUCAUUGACUUUCUCAUCAACACAUACUGGAGCAGCCUCUGUCGGUCCUGCGUUUAUCCCUCUUGCAAGCGCUGCAAACCCUGCAUGGUCAACGAGUACUACCACAGGAAGAAGUUCGAGCUCAUCGUGGAGCCAAGCGCGACGCUGAAGUACGUGUCCUUUGUGGACGAGCCUCACAUCCGCCUGGUGGGCCAGCAGCUGCUCGGGAAAAGCCUGCAGGACGCCAAGGGACAGGCCAUCCCGAGACCCGAGAUGGACUUCACGGCCCUGUCCACGCUGCCCCUCCCGGACCCGCAGCCGUCGCCGCCGGGCGAGGCCCAGGAGCUGCAGCCGCUGUGCGGCGCGCCGGCCCCGGGGCCCGCGGACGGCCCGAGCCCGGGCUGGUGCCGGUGCGGGUGCUGCCGGCCGUCCGCGCUGCCCGAGCGCCGGCGCGGCCUGGAGGAGCUGUGCUGCCGCCGCGCACCCGGGCCCUGCAUCACCUCCUCGCCGCUCUUCGCCACGCUCGUGCUGUGCCCGCGGAGGCUGCGGCUGCUGCUGCUCCACCGCGAGCCGCUGCGCGCCCUGGAGGCCGAGGACGCCGCGCGCGCGCUGCGCCACUGCGCCUACCGCUGCUACACCGCCUGGCGCUUCGGCGCCCCCGACCUGGCCUUCGCCGUCCUGCCCAGCUGCUGCCGCUGGCGCAUCCGCAAGGACUUCCCCCGAGCCGACGGGCAGUACCGCGGCUUCCAGAGCCCGUACUGA